AUGAAAGAAAAGGCCACUGCUCAAUUUGGAAAAGGAAUAUUGGGUCAAAAGUGGAUGUAAUGCCACCACGCGGCACAAACGAUCUAAGGAUUCAACGGAACUUCGCUUAAACAUGACUAGACUACUCCGUAUGUGCUAUCCCUUUCAUCUCCGGCAGCGACCUUGCGCUGGGGAUGCGCCAGAUUAUUCAUGGCGGCGAACAUAAAGUGUCUCGAGCGAAUGCGAUGCCAUGACGACAGGGGACAGGAUUCGCUCCUCUGGACCUGAACGGGUCUCGACAGAUUAGACCGGGGGGAUGUGGAGGGGACGGCGGCAGGUCAACGGACCAGUCAGAAAAAAGCAAGCCAUUUCAUAUAGCUUCCGCAUCGGACGAUACAAAGGAUUUGCAGGGCAAUUUUCCUCGUAGCUGCAACUAUGUCGGGCACAGGUCGCCGAUUACUAUAGUGAUUGGAUCUCGCGCCGACGAUGGGCACAGUCUGCUUCCUGCUCCCGGCGUGCUCCGGGGGACUGGCUCUGUCUGUAAGUGUGUAUUCCAUUUGUUUCUGGUGCGGUUUCACCGCUCAAUCUGGCGCAAACCGGACGAACGAUAAGGAGCCGAGGGUGGAGCCUAUGCAACAUGCACGUUGGGCCAAUAUCGCUAGCCUAGGUCUGUCUCCUCGAUCCCCGGUAACAGGCUCGCGGAAUUGCAUGUUGGUGCAGUAGUCGCCCGAGAUACAUCGGUGCCGUACCAAUAAGUAAAUAGUGUCCCCAUCCAGUGUCUUAUAGUAGGUUUCUGUCGCGGCUAUCAUGCAUCCCCUUGC